AGGGAAACUGCAACAAAAGCAAAGGUUCGUUGAAUAUUUAGGUGCAGUUUAACUUUGAAGUUAAUUGUUUUUUGGUGAAACAUUUUGGAACGAUUUCUUUCUGUAAAGAUGGCUUACUCCAACUUUAUUUCAUUAUUGAUUAUUUUAAUUGUAUUCAGUAAUGUGCACAGUGCAAGAGUUAUGAGAGCUGAUGAUGACUUAAUACAGAUGGAGAGGAAAACACGCAGCGUUGUGGGUGUUGCAUACGUUGUCAAGUCCCUUUCUAGCGAUAUUACUUAUUUGUCUGCCAAGACGACAUGUAAAGCUGAUGGAAAACAAUUGUGUCCUUCUUUUGUCAUUUGUCGAGAUGGUAAAUAUCCAGUUGGACCAGUAAGGUUUGGUGAUCAUUGGACUCCUGUUAAAGACGCAUAUAACCAAUGGCUUCAAAUUGGCAAUAAUGGUCCUCAUAAGACAUGCAUACUCCAUUCUUCAGUAGGAUAUCUUCCUUCAUGGGGAACUCAAACAUCACGAUAUGCAUUUAAGGGAUAUGUAUACUGCUGUACUCCUCUCCUGUAAAAUAAAAAAGUUGAUGCUUAUUUUCUAUGAAAUUUCUUUCGUUAUACUUUAUAUAGUUGUAUCUCAUUUUGUGCACUGGUAGUGUUUAAAAUAAAUUCUAAUGUUUUUUUUCUCUCUUCAA